UAUUGAUCAGAUAACACUCAUCCCGGGAAAAUAAAAGCGAAGGGACAAGCCCGCCUGUCAAUAAUAAUACCUAUGGAUCAAUUAGAAAACGAUCAGAUAGAAUCUAUUGAGCAAGUAUCAGACAAUUGGACAGAGCAAAUCCUUUGUGGCCUCGUUGGAUUCUUUUACGUUCUUUCUCCUUCUGGUAUAAUCUUAUACUGCUCUAAAUCAUGUUUAUACUUGACUGGAUAUAUGCCACAAGAACUUGUUGGAAAACCCUUGAACAAUUUUAUACAUGCAAAUGACAUUGAUAUAUUCGAAAAAUACUUUGUAAUAGCUUUUCAAACAAGAUCAAAAGUUAAAAUGUAUUAUAGGUUUAUAAAAAAGGACACAUGCUACCUAUUGCUCGAAACAAUCGGUCAUCUAAAGAAAGGAAUAUUAUUCGAUUCACCUCAAGUAUUUUGCGCAAUGUCAAAACCAUACCUGUCCAGGAACGGUCACCUGUUUGAUAGUAUGCUCGAGCUAAAAAUGGAAAAUGAUCGACUAAAACAUCGCGUACGUCAAUUAUCAUCACUGUCUAAACAAAUUGUGAAUGAAGAGCGCGAUACUCAAUUGCCAGCAUUCUUUUGGAGUGACGAAGAAAAGAACACUUUAUUAGAAGAUAACAAAAUGAAUAAUGUGAAAAAUGACUAUUCCUUAAAGACAUCUCCCUCUCCAUUAUCACCCAUUGCUUAUUCUAAACUAGCUAUUUCUGCAGGGAGUUCAUCAAAUAUGCCUAGAGAGCCGCCAAUUAGUAGCCAAGAAGAGUGGGAAAAUCCCCGUGGCGCAUAUCCAAUAAAAAAGAGCCCGGGAUCAACUAUCUCAACUACUCCAGCUGGUAGUCAAAUACAAAAUCAGACAACUGUUUCUCUACAGCCAUUAUCGGUUGAUGAUGAAGGCGAUAUACCUAUAAAAAAGAGCAAGCGAAAGCAGCUUAGGAAAUACGUUUGUAAUGAUUGUGGAACAACUACAUCACCGGAAUGGAGAAAAGGACCAGACGGCCCUAAAACCUUAUGCAACGCUUGUGGGCUUAGAUGGGCGAAAAGAAAUCGAAAAUGUUCAAAUAUGCACUAAGCUUGGAUGAAGAUCAUCGACUUAAUGACAUUAUAACAAAAAAUGCGCAACGUUAAAGCAAUACACCGAUAUGAUACCCAUUCAUGAUUGAGACAAACAAUAAAGUAAACUAGGAAGAUUUACUCUGUCUCAGUUGAUAAAACCACUUAAAAUACUCUGUGUUUUGCAAAACACAAACUGUUUUAUUCUGUAUCCAAUACAAUACUAAUAACAGGCUAAGUGAAAGAAAGGAUGACAAGUGACACGGAUGCAGUCUUG